AUGUCUACGAGUACGAACAUUCCGGCAGCGAUGGACAUAGAUGAAGCCGCGAUCGACGAAGGUCUCUACUCUCGGCAGCUUUAUGUCCUCGGGCAUGAAGCCAUGAAGCGUAUGGCUGUAUCUAAUAUUCUCAUUGUUGGAGUCAAAGGCGUAGGAAUUGAAAUAGCGAAGAACGUUGCAUUAGCGGGAGUAAAAUCGGUUACGAUCUAUGAUCCAGACCCAGUGCAAGUGCAAGACCUAAGCAGUCAAUUCUUCCUGCGCCCCGAAGAUAUUGGGAAGCCUCGUGCUGAUGUUGCUGCGAUGCGGUUGGCAGAGCUCAACGCGUAUGUCCCAAUCCGCAAUCUUGGUGGACAGCCAGGUAAAGAAAUUACCGUGGAUAUGAUCAAGGGCUUUCAGGUCGUAGUCCUAUGUGGAGCGAGUUUGCAGAAGCAAUUAGAGAUCAAUGAUUGGACUCAUGAGAACGGCGUUCAUUUUCUCGCAGCUGAAACUCAUGGAUUGUUCGGCUCGGCAUUCAAUGACUUUGGACCUAAGUUCACGUGUGUGGACCCUACUGGCGAGCAGCCUCUCAGCGGAAUGAUUGUGUCUAUUGAACGGGAUGCAGGAGGACUUGUCACAUGCCUUGACGAGACCCGCCAUGGAUUGGAGGACGGGGAUUUCGUCACAUUCACAGAAGUGCAAGGAAUGGUUGAGUUGAACGGCUGUGAACCUCGCAAAGUCUCUGUGAAGGGGCCGUAUACUUUCACCAUCGGUGAUACGUCAAAUCUGAGUGAGUACACGACAGGUGGGAUAUUCACGCAGGUCAAGAUGCCAAGAAUCCUCGAAUUUAAAUCUCUACGCGAAUCGCUGAAGUCGCCGGAAUUGUUCAUUACCGAUUUUGCUAAAUUCGAUCGACCUGCUACCCUUCAUGCUGGCUUCCAAGCACUAUCUCAAUUCCAAGCUCAAUAUCAACGCCCUCCUCGUCCGCGUAACGCGGAGGAUGCCACCGUCGUUGUUGCCCUUGCGAAGAAGCUAGAUGCGGACGUAGAUGAGAAGAUAAUUACAGAGCUCUCGUAUCAGGCCACCGGUGAUAUCUCACCGCUAGCUGCUGUCAUUGGUGGUUUCGUUGCUCAGGAGGUCUUGAAAGCAUGCUCGGCUAAAUUUACCCCUAUGGUUCAGCAUCUCUAUUUCGACUCACUAGAAUCUCUCCCCAACUCACUUCCCACGGAAGCUGAUUGCCAACCUAUUGGUUCUCGAUAUGAUGGCCAAAUUGCGGUUUUUGGAAAGACAUUCCAGGAGAAGAUAUCCAACCAUCGCCAAUUCUUGGUCGGUUCGGGUGCUAUCGGUUGCGAGAUGCUAAAGAACUGGAGCAUGAUGGGUCUUGCGUCAGGUCCGAAAGGUGUAAUUCAUGUCACCGAUCUAGACACGAUUGAAAAGAGCAACCUCAAUCGUCAAUUCCUAUUCAGGGCCAAGGAUCUGGGUAAAUUUAAAUCCGAGGUAGCUGCUGCUGCCGUAGCGGACAUGAACCCGGACUUGAGAGGCAAGAUCUUGACCAAUCAGGAACCCGUCGGGCCAGAUACCGAAAAUGUCUAUGGGUCCGAUUUCUUCGCCAAUAUUGACGGCGUUACAAAUGCGCUUGACAAUGUAAAAGCUCGCCAAUACAUGGAUCAGCGAUGUGUUUUCUAUUUGAAGCCUCUUCUUGAAUCUGGUACACUUGGAACAAAAGGCAACACGCAAGUUGUUAUUCCUCAUUUGUCUGAGUCAUACUCUUCGUCACAAGAUCCCCCGGAAAAGGAGACGCCGUCAUGUACAGUCAAGAAUUUUCCCAACGCAAUACAACAUACGAUCGAGUGGUCACGGACAGAGUUCGACAAUUUGUUCGUAAAACCGGCGCAGGCAGCGAACUCUUACCUAUCAGAGCCGAAUUACCUCGAGAACAACCUCAAAUAUUCUGGCCAGCAGAAGGAGCAGGUUGAACAAAUUGUUUCUUAUCUCGUGACUAACAAGCCUUUGACAUUCGAGGAAUGCAUCGUCUGGGCCCGUCUGCAGUUCGAAGAACGAUAUAACAAUGCCAUCCGGCAGCUGCUGUUCAGCUUACCCAAAGAUGCCGUAACGACUUCAGGCCAGCCCUUCUGGAGUGGCCCCAAGCGCGCCCCCGAUCCGUUGACAUUCGAUUCCAGUGAUCCUACCCACCUCCAAUUCAUCAUUGCUGCGGCCAACUUGCACGCAUACAACUAUGGCCUUCGCGGGGAGACAGAUCCUGCAGUUUUUAAGAAGGUUGCUGAUGCGGUCAUUGUGCCGGAAUUCACCCCAAGGAGUGGCGUGAAGGUUCAAGUGAACGAGAAUGAGCCAGUACAGCAAGAUUCGGAUACUGGCGACAUCGGUGACGUUAUGAAGCAGCUGCCUGCUCCGUCAUCUCUCGUGGGUUACCGUUUGAACCCCGUCGAGUUUGAGAAAGAUGAUGAUACAAACUUCCACAUUGACUUCAUCACCGCUGCUUCCAACCUUCGGGCUAUGAAUUACAACAUCACCAUAGCUGAUCGUCACACCACGAAGCAAAUUGCUGGCAAGAUCAUCCCAGCUAUCGCCACGACUACGUCCCUUGUAACAGGUCUAGUGUGCUUGGAGCUAUAUAAGAUCAUCGACGGCAAAGACAACCUGGAAAGCUACAAGAAUGGCUUCGUCAAUCUUGCACUUCCAUUCUUCGGAUUCUCUGAGCCGAUUGCAGCGCCCAAGAAUAAGUAUGGAGAGACGGAGUGGACGCUCUGGGAUCGUUUUGAGUUCCACAAUGAUCCUACACUCAAGGAAAUUGUGAACUUCUUCCGGACCAAACACAAUCUGGAUGUGACCAUGGUCAGCCAGGGCGUUAGCAUGCUGUGGAGUUCUUUCAUCGGUAAGAAGAAGAGCGAGGAGCGCCUGCCAAUGAAGUUCAGCAAGCUCGUCGAGAGCGUCAGCAAGAAGCCCAUUCCCCCUCACAUCAAACAUCUCAUUGUUGAGGUCAUGGUGUCCGAUGAGGAGGGCGAGGACGUUGAGGUUCCCUUCAUCGUCGUGCGCUUAUGA